AGGACCCUCACCACUCGUCGGAGAAGCCCGUCAUCCACUGCCAUAAAUGCGGGGAGCCAUGCAAGGGCGAGGUGCUCCGGGUCCAGACCAGGCACUUCCAUAUCAAAUGUUUCACCUGCAAAGUGUGCGGCUGCGACCUGGCUCAGGGAGGCUUCUUCAUAAAGAACGGGGACUAUCUGUGUACCCUGGACUACCAGAGGAUGUAUGGGACACGGUGCCAUGGCUGUGGGGAGUUCGUGGAGGGAGAGGUGGUAACUGCCCUGGGCAAGACCUACCACCCCAACUGCUUCGCCUGCACGAUCUGCAAGCGCCCGUUUCCACCAGGAGACCGAGUCACAUUCAAUGGGAGAGACUGUCUUUGUCAGCUCUGUGCACAGCCGAUGUCUUCCAGCCCUAAAGAAGCCACCUGCUCCAGCAACUGUGCCGGCUGUGGAAGGGACAUUAAGAACGGGCAGGCACUGCUAGCUCUGGACAAGCAGUGGCAUUUGGGCUGCUUCAAGUGCAAGUCCUGCGGGAAGGUCCUCACCGGCGAGUACAUCAGCAAGGAUGGCUCCCCGUACUGUGAGAAAGACUACCAGGGGCUCUUUGGGGUGAAGUGUGAAGCCUGCUUCCAGUUUAUCACAGGAAAAGUCCUGGAGGCAGGUGACAAGCAUUAUCAUCCCAGCUGCGCACGAUGCAGCAGAUGCAACCAGAUGUUCACAGAAGGGGAAGAAAUGUAUCUUCAAGGUUCUACCGUGUGGCAUCCCGACUGUAAGCAGUCCACCAAGACAGAGGAGAAGCUGCGGCCCACGAGGACCUCCUCUGAAAGCAUCUAUUCUAGACCAGGCUCCAGCAUCCCUGGCUCACCAGGUCAUACCAUCUAUGCAAAAGUAGACAAUGAAAUCCUGGAUUACAAGGACUUAGCAGCCAUCCCUAAGGUCAAGGCAAUCUAUGACAUUGAGCGUCCAGAUCUCAUUACCUAUGAGCCUUUCUACACAUCAGGCUAUGAGGACAAGCAGGAGAGACAGAGCCUUGGAGAGUCUCCAAGGACUUUGUCUCCAACUCCAUCUGCAGAAGGUUGCCAGGAUGUCCGGGAUCGGAUGAUCCACAGGUCCACCAGCCAGGGCUCCAUCAACUCCCCUGUGUAUAGCCGCCACAGUUACACUCCAACCACGUCUCGCUCGCCCCAGCACUUCCACAGACCUGGCAACGAGCCGUCCAGCGGCCGGAACUCCCCUCUCCCCUACCGGCCCGACAGCCGCCCUCUAACUCCAACUUACGCUCAGGCCCCUAAGCAUUUCCAUGUUCCAGAUCAAGGGAUCAACAUUUACCGAAAACCACCCAUCUACAAACAGCAUGAUGCAGCUGCCUUGGCAGCCCAGAACAAGGCUUCAGAAGAUAUCAUCAAGUUUUCCAAGUUCCCAGCAGCCCAGGCGCCAGAUCCCAACGAGAUACCAAAGAUUGAGACGGACCACUGGCCGGGUCCCCCCUCACUUGCCGCCGUAGGAACUGACCCGAGACGCAGAUCUAGUGGCAGAGAAGAAGAUGAGGAGGAGCUUCUGAGACGGCGGCAGCUUCAAGAAGAACAGUUGAUGAAGCUCAAUUCAGGCCUGGGGCAGCUGAUCCUGAAGGAAGAGAUGGAGAGAGAGAGCAGAGAGAGAGCGUCCCUGCUGGCCAGCCGCUAUGACUCUCCCCUCCACUCAGCCUCACAUGCUCCAUCAUCGAAAACUUCAUCUCUCCCUGGUUAUGGAAAGAACGGCCUUCACCGGCCAGUUUCCACAGACUUCGCUCAGUACAACAGCUAUGGAGACAUUAGCGGCGGAGUUCGAGAUUACCAGACCCUCCCAGAUGGCCACAUGCCUGCAGUGAGAAUGGACCGAGGGGUGUCCAUGCCCAACAUGUUGGAACCAAAGAUAUUUCCGUAUGAAAUGCUCAUGGUGACCAACAGAGGGCGCAACAAAAUCCUGAGAGAUGUGGAUAGAACCCGACUGGAGCGCCACUUAGCCCCAGAAGUAUUUUGGGAAAUCUUUGGGAUGUCCAUACAGGAAUUCGACAAGUUACCUCUUUGGAGACGCAACGACAUGAAGAAAAAAGCUAAGCUCUUCUAAGUCCCUCAAGUAAACGACAAUCAGGAAAAGGACUCUCAGUGGCAGUGGUGCCUAGAACAUUGUACUAAGGCCCAGAGUUGAUCAGAGAAUUCAUUCACCACCAUCUCCCAGCACAACACCGAGGGCAAGUCUGAUCUUAGCACCCAUGAGCCACAUCCUGGGCCAAGCAACAGAACCUUGCCAAGCAACGAUGGGAUAGAAUUUCUAUGCUCCCAAAUUCAGUGGUAACGUCCACAUGGGACCUUUUCACGUGACUCUGUGGGGCUUCUUUCUCCUUUUUACUUUCCCCUUUAACCCAUGUCUAACUUAGUGCUGCCUGUGUUGGUAAAAGUCAGCAAGUGCCCUUAGGAAGCCACACAGAGGGAAUGCUGGGAGUUCUGGAGUAUUAGUCUAUUUAUUAUGUAGCACUGUGGCGGAGAAGGAAUCCAGGGGCCUGCAUCGAUCUGGUAGCAACAACUUUGCCUGUCCUUGGCAGCCUCCCUCAGCUCUGCCUGGGCUCUGAGGGAAAUGGAACUCUGUCAAGGAACAGGUAGUUCUAAUCGCGUGGCUGAGUACCAGCAAAAGUGAUUUAAACAAGCUCCUGUUCUCUUCCUGUGUGCGGAGACCUGGCUGGCCAACUGCUAGAGGGGAAAAAGUUAAGACAAAGGAAAAGGAAAAGGAAUGAAGGAAACUCCCUCCCUGAAAGAUUUUUCUGCUUCUGAGGCUGUGCUCAGCCCUUUCUUUCCCCCUAUAAAUUGAUAGGAACUGGCAUGUCCACCUUUCCAAAGAAAGGAAAGGCAAAAAAAAAGUGUCCAGAUUGGUCCAGCUGCGAAUAGGUGAUUUUUUCCUCCAUGAAUCAUGUAUCUCUUAGAGAAGAAAACUCUGUGCCCUGUGUCAUCACAAGGUCCCCGCCUCCAUGUGCGUCUGUCUGUCUGGCCUUCGAUGGGUCAGGUCAAGCCCUCGCUGGUUUUGUUUUAAGGGCAGAGACUAACAGAAGACAUGUUUUUCUGAAGUAGAUUGCUCUCACUCGGCCUGGUUGACAAGCACAUGUGUGUUCAUGUCUGUGUGUAACUCACCCAGGGCAGAUCUGUGAGUCUAUAUGUGCUUUGUAACCUCUGCUUGAAUGUUGACUGUACUGUGCUGUGGCUUUGAAGGUCAUUUGAACAAGAGCGUGCAACCUGGAGAUGGAGAGCGAGGCUCAAGGAGGGUGCUUAGAGACUAGCCUGUUCUUUGAGAUUCAUGCUAGGUUCAGACUGAGGACGACGGAAGGGAGGCCAGCCUAGUUUAGGGCUCAGAAUGUCUCAUCAGAGCCCUUCCAUACUCUAUGACUCUGAGUGUGAAUUGGAACGCAGUUCUUUCACUAAAAUGUGUAAUAAGGCCACAUCAUAAGGACUGGUAUGAGUUGGGUUAGGGUCCCCAGAGCUGCAGGAAAGAAGUUAGAUCACACUGAUUCUCCUGCUGUGGGGCUCUCCUUGGGAAUUUAAACUCUGAGUUAAUGCCAAGUGGGAAAGCACUUGAAUUCACCCACAAUGACCACUCGGCACAAAAUUCAGAAAUUCCUUCUGAAUCAUUAAAGCGACUAGCCGUCUGCCGACACCUGCAUUAAAGAUCGAGCAACACAGAUUCCCAGCCCAUGAUACGAGCCUGUGGCUUGUGACCCGCUUCUUUGGGUAAUCCUGCUGCAUUCCUGUAAGAGAGUUAAGUAUGAAAACUAGUCUCACAAGUGUGUGUGGAUCUGUUAGUGCACUCAGCAAGAGGGCUGGACCACUGGCCUAGAUAGAUGGGUCCUGCUCCUCUUGGGGAGACAGAUCGCAAAAGUGGGUUCUCUGCAUGUCUCUGGCUUCUUCCCGUGUUCCCAGUGUUUUGCUCUAGCUGCCCUGCUCAUCACUGGCUGCCUCAGCACCAGGCCUGUAUCACGUGGCUCUCACGUUACCCUGGCAGCAUACAGGAUGUAGGAUGCAUUCACAGUGUUCCCAGUCAGCAGACCUGGUGGCCUGGUGGGAGACUUUAUUUAUCCAGCAUGGAGACAACAUGACCCUUCGUCCUUUUUACUGGUUAAUGCUUUCUCAAAUGAAGCAGAUGAGAAAAACCCAGGUAUUUCUUAGAAACAGGGGCGGUUGCUAAGGCUCCACACUUGCUCUCCAUAAAGUAAUGGUGGCUCUGUCCUGGCAUAGGAAAGUUCAGCUGCAGGGGAAAAGGGGGAGACAGCCUUCCUCUUUAAGCUACAAAGAACCUUAAGUUAAAGGACCUGCCUAGGAUUGCAAUAAUUGAGGAACUGAACUCUUAAAUUCUUGCAAUAAUGAAAUCCUGCCUCCUUGACUAUUUGAACUCAGUUCUCCAUCUAAUUGGAAAAAAAUGCAUUCCCUAUCAGUAUAGUAGACUGUUUAAAUUGUAUCAAGGGAAAAAUGUAUCACUAGACUACACCAGUAAGAACCCUGGCUGCUCUGGGGAAGGAGAGCUGGAAAGUGUCAUGUCAGAAGUGUAGCUCCAUCCCCUAGCAGAAGAUUCCAUCCCAGAGGGAUGUGUCAAGGAUGGUCUGGUUCUAACUGCCAGAUACAAUGUCAGUGAUGUUAAAGGCUCCACAUGGUUGACCACAGCAUGGGAGAGCAGUGUUCUUCAUUUGAAUCCACCCUGCUGGGCACAGGAAAAUUUCAGUUGCUAAAACUUAAAGCACUCGUUCACUUGGGGGGAGGAUCCUACACAGGGUGGACUCGGUGCGUCUAUUAAGGGCUAUAUUUUCUAGCAUUUGACUUACUUGCGACUUGAUACAGAUUGCAUGGCCUAAAAGAGGCUUCUGUGGCCACCUGGGAGUCUCACUGUUUUCUUGAAAACGUCUCCAGGAGAGUCCAGGCUCUCAUAUCGUCUUCCUGUGCAACCUAUUAGAGACAUGAAAAGCCUUUGAAAACAGCUAGCUCUGCAUUUUCAUACUGGUAUGGAGUUUGUUAUGAAAUAUUUUUACUAUGACUCCUUCAACAACUAAAUAUGAACUGCCUGUUCUCUAAACCUCAAAGAGAAAAAACUGGAGUUAAUGGGUGCAAAGGUGCAAAAUAUAGGGCGUGGGGGAGGGGUAGUUUUCUAUCCUUUCUCUGUUCUCCCCAGGUCCUGAUUCUAUUGCCUCCAGCCCGAGCCUCCUCUCCAGUCCUGUCCUCACCCAAGGCACAGAUUCACCCCUGUCAUUUCAAUCUCUGUCCACUUUCAUCACCUCCAGUGUGGAGAGGUUCAGCUGGAGACAUUUUUAAAAUAGACGACUUUACUUUAAAGCAAACGUCUUUUUUUUUUUUUUUAAGAUUGCUUCACGGAUGAUGCUGUCAAAUAUAUCUGCUUUUGCGAGUUUAAAAUUAACCUCCUUUAAGUCUUUGUUAAGAGAGGAAAAAAAAAUCUCAAGCAAACUUGGAGUGGCGUUCCAGGGCGUGUUCCAGGGGCAGGCACGGCUCCAGGCUGCGCACUCCAUGAUCUCUGGCUCUGAAGAGAUUUCUAGGAACUGUUCAGUCUGUACUUUCUGUGCCUGCCUCCAUUUUGAGUUGCUUUUUCCUUUUCCUCGUUAGACAAACCAGGGCUUCAAGUUCUCUGCUUUGUGUCCCCCCCCCCCACCUUGAAGAACUCUCUAUGCAGAAAAAGAUGGUGAGGGCUUUGGAUUUGCAGUGAUGUGUCUUCCAGUGGCAAUGUAAGGGAAGGAACAGCCAUGUCCACCAGGACGGGAGAACAAGCAAGCCUUCGGCAUCUCCAAGGUCACUGCUUGCGUUUUCUACCCGUGAUCAGAGGGAGACAGUGACAGUGGACAGUAGAUUGCUCUCACCUCUGCGUGUUUAAUGUUGCAGCAAACUCACAAAGAAGGGGACAAGCGGCUGUUUCAAAUGGAAGCUUUCUAAGCAGACAACACGUGCACAAUAAAGUUCAGCGGAGCCCACUUGUUCUCCCAGAAGCUUAAUGUAAUUGAAUGCCAGUUAUCACUAAAUAAAAGUCUUUUCUGAGUCUCUCGCAAGAGUGACAGUCCUGUGAAUCACUUCCCAGGGUGAAAGACAGAGAGAGAUGAGCCUAAAGAGACCACAUCCAAACAGGCGAUGAUCAUACAUGCAAGCAUUUUACAUUAUGGAAGAGGAGACUGUUGUCAUGGAAUUGAUGGUUUUUUGGGGGGCGGGGGCUCCUCUAUACAAAUGUGUCUGGUGAUAAAUGUGAGAGGUUUCCAUGAGAUGCCAAAGACCCUACAUCAAAUUUCCUUUAAGAAUGGUUAAUGGGAUUUCUGUCCCUGAUGAAGGGAUGGCCCCCUCUCCUUGGUCCCCCCCCCCUUUGUGGCUAUGUGAAAGCAAAUGUUUGGAAGUCUUUUGAGAAGCUGUGUCAUGUUCCUUGUGGAAAUGAGUUAAUGUGUGUCAGUGCUGAGCACCUGGUGUUGGUGGGCAGAGGAGGGCGUGGCGGGCAGAGGAGGGCUUGGCCCACAGGCACCGUGGCCCCUGAGCUGUGAUUUCCCAGCUGCCUCUGGUGCGGGCAGUCCACUGCACUCUCCACACUGUACUCCAUAAAUAAAGCUACGUGCUUCCGCCCCAGGUGCCCCCAA